AUAUAAAAACUAAAGUAUGCAUAAAAAUAUAGAAUAUUUUAAUUAUUGAAGAUUUAAAAUCUAUGUGAGAACUGUAGAAUGCUGAUAAGUUUAAUCGAUUUAAUUAUUUAAUUAUUCUAAAGCAUAUUCUUAUAUAAAAUAAUGUGUCUAAAAAGUUUUGCGUUUUUGUGUUGCGGACUUUUUUUUCUCAUCAUUUCGUCAUCAAAAUCUCAGCAAAAUUCCAACAAUAACAAAAGAAAGAUGAUAAUUCGACAGUACGAAACGCGGAUUCUGCAACAAUCAGCAGCGACAAAAUGAAAACACUGCUAUAUGAUUUGUGUGAAAAUAAAUUUGCCAACAAUUCUCAAUAUGUUUACAAUUAUGAAGAUGAUGACCAAAUACAAAAAAACUCGCACAUCAAUUCGACAAAUGUUAAUCAUAAAGGAAAUUUUACGUCACAGGAAAGUUAUAAAAAGUUGAUCGGAAAGAACAAUUCUGUGUCAAAUGGUGUCUUUGAAAAUUGCAAAGAUAGAAAAAAAAUUAACAUCGUUCCAUACGAAAUGUGCAAUAAUAUCACUUGCAUUUUGCUCUGCUGUCCACUUGGCAACAGCCUGAGUUUGAAUGACAGCAAAUGCAUUCCGGAAGAAAUUAAAUACCGUCUUCCAAAUGUGUACGAAUCCACAAACGAUUCAAUGGAGAACGAAAAGAAGAAAUUGGACAAAUUGUUUCAGUUUGCCGUCCAUGAUUCGUGUUUAGAAACGCAACGUUUCAAAGUACAUAAGAAUCAUCAAUACGAUUAUAAGAUCUUUAUCAAUGGUUCCAUCUAUUUAUCUCAUUCUAAAACAUUAUUUAAAUCAACUUCAUAUUGUCUUGCUGUCAUCUCGGAAAGUGGAAAUGAGUUUGAAGUGACUUAUUGCUCGGAAACUUUUAAUCAAGUUUUGAGGGACGAGAUAAAGAACAUACCAGCGGUUUUCUCGGAAAAUCGAUUUUUUAAGAUAUAUAAGAUCUUGAAUUUAAUGCGUUUAUUAUUUUUGGUGCCAAUAUUUUUAGUGUAUUCCAUAUUGCCAGAACUUCGAAAUGUAUAUGGUUUUACGUUGUGCAAUUACAGCUUUGCUUCAUCCGUUGCAGUCAUAAUUCAAGCUGUGAAAUAUAUAUAUAUAUAUGAAGUGGAAAUACCAUAUCCCGUCUGUAUUACACUUGCCUUCUUCAAUUAUUUUUUUUCUAUAUCGAGUUUCUUCUGGCUAAGUACCGUAAGCUUUACAAUGUGGAGGAAAUUCAGAGAAUUCUGUUUGUUACAAAAAAAUGUCAAUCGGAAAAGACUAUCGGAAAAAAAGAAGUUACUGUAUUAUGUGAUUUUUGCAUACGGUUGCCCAUUUAUACUUGGUAUUGUUUGUGUCAUCGUCGUGAAUUUUGUUUCCACGUAUAUACCAAAAAAUGUGAGACCAGAAUUUGAAAUAGGAAAUUGUUGGUAUCGUAAUAAACUUCUAAACGUGUUGUAUUAUUCCUGGAUCAAAGCUGUCUGUAUCUUAAGUAGCGUUUGCUUAUCCAUUUCUACGGUAUUGAAUAUUAAACGCUUUGAAAAAAAUACAGACUUUCGUCUAACAGAUUCAGAAAGCAAACGGUAUAAUGACAAUAAAAAAUGGUUUAAUCUAUAUAUGCAGUUAUUUAUCGUGAUAUUUAUCAUAUUGGGCCUAAAUUGGUUUGUGCAUAUAAUGUCAUGGUCGUUUGGAACUAAGAAAAAAUAUUACUUUAUUUAUGUUUUGUUCGAUAUUGUGCAGAGUUUCUGCAUCUUUGUCAUAUUUGUAUGGAAAAAGAAGAUCAAGUUGAUGUUACUGAAACGAUUCGGAUACGAGACAAAGGCAAGAUCGACUGACAUCGACUUGAAUAAUACAUAUGUGGAGUCUAUGCACGAAUUGUAGAACUUUUGCGGAGAAGAAAAUUGUCACGCGAAAGAUUCGUCCCAAGAGAUUGAAAUCUAUUAUUGUAAUAUGUAAAAAAAGUUUCAUCGCAGUUCAUGAACAAACGAUUACUCGCAAUUUAAUAUUCUAGACAAAACAAACGCGCACUGCGCCUGUCAUUAUACGCGUCAUUUAUUUUGUAUUUUGUGUAUGCAAUUAAACGUUUUAAUAAUUGUAAUUUUAUUUAAUUUUAUUUUGCCAAAUGUCAAGUUGUUAUAUGGCAGUUGCUUGAUUAUGAUUAUAGCCAAUCAGCAUCGUGGAAAAGUGACAAAAAUGUCAACAAUGUGCCUUUUUUAAAUAGAAAACUAUGAUCUAUUCAUAUAAAAAUAUUUAUUUUGAUAUCUUAUAUACAAUUUACGAAAGUUAGAACAACCAUACAUUUUUUUUAAGAAACUGAAAAUUAUGUAAAAAUUAAACUUUUUAUCCGCAUAUACUUUGCUAUGAUGCACUUAGGACAAUACUGUAACAAGAAAAAUGUUUUCAUAUGUUCAUUUUGGCUUUGGUCAAUAGUUUGAUAUUUGAAACUCUUAUUUUAAUGCAGCGGCAUUUAGAUUUCAACUGGUUAGGUUUGUUAUUAAUUUUCUGACUCUGUUAUGCGCUAUCAUCUAUAAUUCUUUUUAACUAACAUUCUAUGUAAAAUGAAGAUGGUC